GAGCAUAAAAGCACACAGGUGUCACUGAACAGCUGUAACAGGAGGGCACACCUAAAUUUGAGAACGAGACACAAGACAGCGACUUAUCUGGACUCUGAUAUUUCAGAUCUUUUGGAUCUUCUUAAAACACAGAGUUCGUUGGGUUGUGGAAAAUGUUUGGAUCCCUCAGCAAACGUAUCCAGAACUACCUGGCAGAGCGAAGGAGUCGUAGAACCAGACUGGUGACCAAAGACGGCCGCUGCAACAUUGAAUAUGGAAACAUCAAAUACAGCAGACGUUUUGCAUUCCUGGCUGACUUCUGGACCACCUUUGUUGAGAUCCGGUGGCGUUUUGUCCUUGUCUUUUUCAUCGGAUCUUUCACGCUUAGUUGGUUCAUUUUCGGUCUCCUUUGGUACUGGAUUGCCCGCAGUAAUGGAGACCUAACAUGGCAAAACCCACCUGACGGCCACACUGCAUGUGUUGAUAAUGUUAUCGGACUCACCACUGCCUUCCUGUACUCUCUUGAAACCCAGACCACUAUAGGAUACGGUGGGCGAGCGAUUACCCCUCUGUGCCCAGGUGCUGUGGCCCUUAUAAUUAUCCAGUCCCUUGUUGGGGCUAUUAUCAACUGCUUCAUGUGUGGUGUUAUCCUAGCCAAAAUCUCUUUACCCAAGAAAAGAGCCAAAACUAUUAAAUUUAGUGAAAUGGCUGUCAUCAGCCCCAAAAAUGGUACUCUGUGCCUGUCAAUUAGAUUAGCCAACCUCCGCAAGACCCUUAUGAUAGGAAGCCAAAUCUACGGCAAGCUGCUGAGGACAACAAUCACACCUGAUGGAGAGACAAUCAUCAUGGACCAGGUGAACAUUGACUUCAUGGUGGAUGCUGGGAAGGACAACCUCUUUUUCGUUUGCCCUCUCACCCUGUAUCAUGUAAUCAAUAAGAGCAGCCCUUUCUUUGAGAUGGCAGUGGACACCCUCCACAAACAAGAGUUUGAACUGGUGGUUUUUCUCGACGGUACUGCAGAGUCGACCAGCUCCUCGUGCCAGGUCCGAACCUCUUUUAUUCCUCAGGAGAUCAUGUGGGGCUACAACUUCUUGCCCAUCAUCUCCAGAAGCAAAGAGGGCAAAUACAGGGUCGAUUUCUCAAACUUCUCCAAGGUGGUCCCUGUGGCCACCGCCCACUGCGCCUACUGUUUCCACAACAUCAAGGGCCACCAUCACCACUCCAGGGAUGGACAUGACAACCAGGGGUUUGAGGUUAUUGAUAUCAAUGAUCCUCCUAAUGCCACCAAGAUGUGAAACGGUGACUCAACAUUAACAUUGUCAAACUGAGACUGGUAGAGUUUUAAGCAUUUUAUAGAUCGUUUCAAGGCCACAUGACUCUACAGGAUAAACAGGCGCUGAAGACAGGUGGGGUUACCAAACGGCAGACAGCACAUUGUGUAGCAUUUUAAAUGUGAAGCAAAGAAAACAUACUUAUUUGUUAUGCUUUUGUGUAUAUCACAGAUAAGAAAGCCGUCUGUGGGUCAGCACAGUUAUUGUGAACUAUUUGUAUGCAAAACCACACCUGUCACUGUCUGCUGACCAGGAACCUGUUUUCAAAAGGGCGACCAGGUCAUGCAAGGUGGUACAGCGACAAUUCAAGAACAGAAAAAUAAUAUGUUUUUCCACUGCUUUUAAAAGGAUAAUACAAAUAUGUACUGUAUUUGCUGGAGAUGAAGAUGA